UAUCUCGAGUGAGAUUGAUGUCAGAUGUGUGCGCUUCUCGAGUUGACAUACGGGCACAUACGGGCAAGUGUCAAGUUGUAUUAUCAAAUGCACAUAAAUUAAAGGAGAAUGGACUUCGAGAGUCCUGACGUUGAGAAGGAAUUUCCCGGAUUGUACGCGUCCGAGUCGGCGAGGAAGAGUAAUGAGAGCGAUUUUAGCGACGAGGGCAGUCACGACAAGCAUUCCAAGAAGGAGCUCCUGGGUGGAAAGCGCAAGGAUAAAAAGGACCGAAAGGACAGGGGUUACGCGACCCUAGAGGGUGAGAGCUCGCCGGACGAGGAUCAGGAAACUAAAAGUCCUUCGAAAUCAAAAAAGACCAAGGCCUUUAAGUUCCCAUCUAAAAAGGAGAAGCGGGAGAAAUCGCGGGAGAAGGAGGCGAAGGAAAAAGACGCUGAGAAAGAGAAGGAUAAAAAGAAGAAGGAGAAGGAUGAGAAGGAUGUGGACAAGGAAAAGCGGAAGGAUAAGGAUAAAGACAAAUUCAAGCAAAAGUUGAAGGAUCGAAAAAAAGGGAAGCAUGAAGGAUUGGAUAUUGGCGAGGAACAACCGAUUUUCGGUGUCAGUCUUCAUCUGGCGGUCGAAAGAAGCUGUUGUCACGACGGAGUCAAAUUACCCUUGGUGGCGCGAGACUGCAUAGAUUACGUGGAGGAGCACGGGAUGAAUGUGGAGGGCCUCUACAAAGUCCCCGGGGUGAAGUCGAAAGUUCAGCAUUUGAAAAAAUUGUACAAUAACCGGGAGCCGGUGAAUAUAUCCGAGUUCGAACCCACGGUAGCUACGAGCUUAUUGAUACUCUUUCUUAGAGACCUGCCAGAGUCCGUGCUGGAGAACAGCGAAACGAUAUCGCGCUUCGAGCAGGCCGCGUCGACCAAGGACGUUGCGCAGCGGGAGGCGCAAUUGGCCCAGCUGACGCAGCAGUUACCGGAAUGCAACAGGAUACUUCUGGCAUGGGUCACGUUACAUCUGGACAAUGUCACGACGCGAGAAAAAACGACAAAGAUGAACGCACAAACGAUCUCGAUGACGUUAAGCCCGGUUCUGCAAAUGAGUCACCGAUUGCUGUUGGCUUUAUUGUUCCACUGCAAGGCUUUGUUUCCAAAUGUACAGUUGACAAAAUACGUGCCACCGCUAUCGUCCGGUAGUACGAAUCUGCCAGAUUCCGUGGAGGGUAUAGCCGCGGAAUUGUCCAAGCAGGAGUCGUUACUUUCUCAAAUUCACAUGCAGAUGAAUGCCGGCUUUGUAACGAAAUCUCGCGAGGAACAAUUGUGGGAGGUACAACGGAUGAUAACGCAAUUGAAGAGAAAGUGUAAGACUGUUCAAAAAUUGGAAGGUGCUACGCAAAAGAGUCUGGAUGAAGAAAUAAAGUCGACCGAUAAUAUUUCGAUAGUAGAGUCUACCUCGCAGAGGCCGAAGACGGCAGACGAAGAUUCCGGGCAGGCAAUACCACCCGGUGAUGUUCAAUCGUCAACCAACUCGACAUCGAUAAAAAAAGACAGCAAACUGCAUGGCGUAGAAGAGGCGAAGGAGAAGUGCUCUUGCUCGGCGGGUAGCGGUGCGAACGCCACCACGCAAAACGAACAAAGUGUAAAUGUACAGGAGAAAGACGCGGUUGAUUCCGCGGUUGAGGCUGCAGCAGUCACGCCGCAAGAACCGGAGAAUGUAACACCGAAUGAUCGAGCGAACGAGCCUGAGGAGGAAGAUGUCAUAGAUAAGUUGCGAGAAAGGCUGAUCCACGAGGAACUAUUGAACAUGCAAGCGCUACUGAAGUCCCGCAUCAGUCAGGAGAGGAAUGAGAUUAAACGGCUGAUGGAGAUGCUGACGGAACGCGGCACGAAAGAAGAGAAAAAGAAACCCAAGGAGAGGACACACUCUCCUAACGAGGCCGAAAUGACGGCCAUGAUACAGCUAGUCAAAGAGAAUCAGUUACUCGAGAAGAAAAUGACGACAUUAAUACGUAGUAUUAUCGAGGAGAAAGACGCUUGCGUGGAACUGCGUGUACAGCUGGCGGUGCAUCAGUUAAUGGCCAAAACUUGACCGCAGACCUCCUAGCGAUCGCAUCGGAAUCACAACGUCUCUACGCUAUAAGGAUACGCUCUGACAUUACGUUUUUGCACAUAAUUGACCAUAUAUAGUUUAUAACGUGUUACAAUUAUCACACACAUGUACCAAUUAACUCGUUCGAUCCUUCCGUGAAGUAAUAAAAUAUACAAAAUGCAGCCGAAA